UUGUAAACCGAGGAUAUAUUCACUAAUUGUAAGAAUAAAGUUGUCUAGCGAUUUGAAUAAAGUACACACUUUAUUUCUACUUUUAUAAAAUAAAAUUUCAUCUUUAACAUGUCGAAUUAUAGCAGUUGUAGUCAAGCGUCAACCUUCUCAGGAAUAUCCAGCACAUCUCGUUCGACUAGCAUACGUUGUCCAUUCAAGCCAAAUUUUUCCAUGGAAUCCUCAAGCCAAACAAAUUUGACCGACAGGUUACCCAAAGUUCCAUCAAACGCUGGUAGACCUAUCAGUCAAUUAGAUGAAACAAAUAAAGCCUUUUUGCAGUGUGAAGAAAUCAUCACUGAUCAUGCAAUAAAGAAAUUGAUAUACGAAUGUAUUAUGGAAGUGUCGUCGAAUAAAGAUUCAGUGCUCACACAAAGUGCUAUUGCAAAAUUGAAACAAUUAGUUGCUGGACACGAAAUUCAAAAAUAUUUGCACUUACCAAAUGGCUCAAGCAAUGUAAAUGAAAAAUUAAAUCUUCUUGGCAUCACAGAAUUGCCAAAAGUUGAAUUUGGCUAUGAAGACAAACUAGAGAUUAAACGAUUAAUUGAAACGAAACUGCGCACAAAAGCAAACUCAUUUUUCUCAAGGUAUAAGGCAUUGGGUGGCAAACUGGAAGAAUUGACAAAGAAAAACGAAUUAACGUCACGAGAACCGAUAUCCGAAGUUUUUGAAACAAACACCUACCAUUGGAAAGACAAAAUUGAUCAGGAAUGCAUGGAAUAUGAGAAAGACAUUUUAGAAUACAAGAAAUUCUUUAGUGAGUGGAUAAAUCUAAAGUAUAGAGGCAUGAAUGAUAUUCAACUGAAAAUGGCUGAAAGCUUGCUUGUCAAAGCGCAAGUUGCUGAAGCACAAGCAAAGAUCACUAGGUUAAAUUGUAUCAUGAAAAUGUUUAAAGAAACGCCAAUGACGUUAAAUGCCUAUCAGACGAUCAAUUCCACUCUAGACAGUCAGAUUUCAGAAAUAGACGAAGAAAUUCGAAAACAAGGCACCAAGAAGAAAUUAUAUGAAGAUCUUAGUGGCACCGAAUAUGAUCAAGUUGCACGGAAAUAUUUAGAACUGUGCAAAGCCAUUGAAAAAAAAGAACGUAUCAUGAAGGAUUUAUAGAUCAUCCAAAUUUUUCAAUCAUCAACAUCUCAGACUAGAUUUACAAUUUUUUAUAAAAGUGCUCAUCAAUUGUUACAUCGACUGUACGCAAUAAAUCAUUGGGUUUGGAGACAAACAA